CCCCCACCUGUGUUGGACCGCAGGCGGGCGUGCAGCCCCCCUGGAAUAAACAAUCCCACUUCUGACAGCUGGAGAAUGGUGUCUCACUGUGUGACAUAGGAGCAGAUCAGAGAGUCAACUUCCAGACGUCAACACCAUGGCGUCCUCUGAAAAGCAGCCUUGGGGGCGGAGCUUGGCAGCAUUCUUCCCAUGCUGCUACAAAGAAACCCACCAACCAGAAAUCCGCUUCGUCCAAGAAAACCCAACACUGCAGGAACCCAAGCUGCCGCCGCCUCCGCCGCUCCAAGAACUGGACUCCAUGUUUGCAGGGCUGGUGGACGAGCUGGAGCUGUCGGAGGAGCACAGGGAGGCCAUGUUCAGCCUGCCAGCAGAGAAGAAAUGGCAGAUUUACUGCAGUAAGAAAGCGGAGGCAGAGGAGCAGAAAGGAGCGAUGAGCUGGCCCGACUUUUACAUCGAUCAGAUCCGAGUCAUGGCUGCAAGGAGGACGCUGGUGUCGCUGGAGGAGGGACAAAACGACGGCAGACAGGCGGUUGUAGACGGUCUGAAGACGGCUCUGCGGACUCAGCCCAUACGGUUUGUGACCCGCUUCCUGGACUUGGACGGCCUGUCGUGCAUCCUGAACUUCCUCAAGUCCAUGGACUACGAGACGGCCGAGUCCCAGGUCCACACGUCCGUGAUCGGCUGCUUCAAAGCUCUGAUGAACAGCUCUCAGGGCAGAACUCACGUCCUGGGACACGCAGAGAGCAUCAACAUCAUCACACAGAGUUUGUCUGCAGAAAACAUCAAAACCAAGGUGGCGGUCCUGGAGAUCCUGGGUGCGGUUUGUUUGGUUCCAGGAGGCCACAAGAAGGUUCUGGAGGCCAUGGUCCACUACCAGAAGUUUGCUGCAGAGAGAACUCGCUUCCAGAACCUGCUGUCAGACUUGGACCGGUCCACGGGUCGGUACAGGGAAGAAGUGGGUCUGAAGACGGCCAUCAUGUCCUUCAUCAAUGCAGUGCUCAGCCAGGGAGCUGAAGAGAAGAGUUUGGAAUUCCGGAUCCAUUUACGCUACGAGUUCCUGAUGCUGGGCAUCCAGCCGGUCAUCGACAAACUCCGCUCCCAUGAAAAUGCCACGCUUGACACACAUUUGGACUAUUUUGAGAUGUUGAGGAACGACGACGAGCUCAGGUUGUCCAAACGCUUAAACGUUGGCCACAUCGACACUAAAAGCGGAAGCCAGAUGUUUGAGCUGAUCAAGAAGCGCCUGAGCCACACCGAAGCUUACCCCCACCUGCUGUCCGCCCUGCAGCACUGCCUCCUGAUGCCCUACCAGCAGAGCCGGACGAUGCUUCAGCACUGGGUGUUGUUGGACAGGAUGGUCCAGCAGCUGGUUCUGCAGACCAACAAAGGUGCAGAUCCAGACGUGGCUCCGCUCCAGGACUUUAAUGUUAGAACUAUUGUGCAAAACCUGGUCCAGGAAAACGACGUCCAACAAUGGCAAGAAGAAGCUGCGGAAAUGAGAAAAUGCAAUCAGAACCUCCAGCAGAGCUUGGAAAAGAAGAAGAGAGAGUGUGAAGCCAAGACGAAGGAGAAGGAAGAACUGAUGGAGCUGCUGAACAAGAUGAAAGAGAAACUGGAGCGAGAGACCAAGGAGCACAAGCAGGCCAAACAGCAAGUGGAGGAGCUGUUGGCUCGGCUGAAGCAGCUCAGUUCUGCCUCCUCGGUUCCAGGAGGACCUCCGCUGAACUCUGGUGCUUCAGCUCUUCCUGGUCCCGUGUCAUCCUCUUCAUCGUCCUCCGAUCCUCAUCCUGCUCCUCCUCCUCCACCACCACCACCACCUCCAGGAGGCCCACCAGCAUUUGGCAUGGCUCCAUUUGCACCUCCUCCUCCUCCUCCUGGAGGUCCUCCAGGAUUGGAGCAAAGGAAAAACAUUCCUCGACCGUCAAACCCGCUGAAAAGUUUCAACUGGAGCAAACUUCCUGAGAACAAGAUCGAGGGAACCAUCUGGAAAAAGAUUGAUGACCGGAACGUCUUCAAAGUCCUGGAUCUGGAAGAAUUAGAGAAGACCUUCUCAGCUUACCAGAGACCAGCGAAGGAAAUCGAAGAGGACCACACGUCAGUGAGGAAGGUCAAGGAGCUGUCUGUGAUCGAUGGCCGGCGAGCGCAGAACUGUAACAUCCUGCUGUCCCGACUGAAGCUGAGCAAUGAUGAGAUCUGCCAGGCCCUCGUCACCAUGGACGAGCAGGAGGACCUACCCACAGACACGUUGGAGCAGCUUCUAAAGUUCGUUCCUGAGAAGAGCGACAUCGAGCUGCUGGAGGAGCACAAGCACGAGGUGGACCGCAUGGCCAGAGCCGACCGCUUCAUGCUGGACAUGAGUAGUUUUGACCACUACCAGCAGAGGCUGCAGACUCUCCUCUUUAAGAAGAAGUUUCCGGACAGACUGGCAGACGUCAAACCCAGGAUCAAAGCUCUCGGCCUGGCGUCGCAGGAGGUGGUCCAGAGCGGGAAGCUCUGCCAGCUCCUGGAGGUGGUUCUGGCCUUUGGGAACUACAUGAAUAAAGGUCAACGCGGGAACGCGCUGGGCUUCAAAGUUUCCAGCCUCAACAAGAUCGCAGACACCAAGUCCAGCAUUGACAAAAAUGUCUCUCUGCUGCACUACAUGGUCUCUGUCCUGGAGAAGAAGUUUCCUGCUGUGGCAGCUUUCAGCGAGGAGCUGAGGAACGUGCCUGAAGCCUCCAGAGUCAACAUGGUGGAGCUGGAGAAGGACAUCAGCGCUCUGAGGUCUGGUCUGAAGAGCAUCGAGGCGGAGCUGAAGUACCAGGAAUCCUGUCAGCGUGCAGCAGAUGCGUUUGUCCCCGUGGUCAGCCAGUUCCUCGCCGUGGCGUCCUUCAGUUUCUCUGACGUGGAGGAGUCUCUGCAGGAAGCCAAAGACCUGUUCCUAAAGGCGCUGCAGCACUUCGGAGAAGACUCCUCCGCCCUGAAAGCAGACGAGUUCUUCGGCACCUUCAGCGCUUUCCUCGCGGCGUUCACCGAGGCCCGGCAGGACAACCAGGACCGGGCCCGGCGCCAAGAAGAGGAGGAGAGACGGGCGCUCAUGGAGGCUCAGAAAAAGGAGGAGCGAGCACAGAGGAUGAAGAAGGCCAGAGCAAACGAUGAAGAGGAGGGCGAGUUUGACGACCUGGUGUCGGCUCUGCGAUCCGGAGAAGUCUUCAACAUGUCCAAACUGAACCGCCGGAAACAACAGAAACCCAACUCCAAAAAGAGCCCAUUGACCAGAUUGGACCUAAACUAGGCCAGAAUCUGAUCAAACCGGACCAAAAUCUGGAGGAACUGGAUCUUAACCGGGCCAAAGUGUGACAGAACAGCACUAAAAACCGAGCUAAAGUGUGACAGAAGCAGACUGGAUCUCAGACAGAGGGCAUGGACACACAGAACUUGUUCCGUCACUAAAGGAAGAACCCAAAUCCGUCCGUCUUCUAAAGCGGUUCCCGUGCUGGGGUCAUGGCGAUGCUGGAGCCUAUCCCACAGACCGUCCAUCAAAGAACCACAGAGAAAACACAAAUGUCAAAUUUAAAAAUCAGAGAGCAGCAGUCUUCUCUGAUUUUACCCAGAAUGCACAAGGCCAAACAGCCAGAGCAGACAGGACAGACGUCCUCAUCGGGUUUCUGACCCGAUUUGGCUUCAGGCUUCAUCUGAAAGACAAACCUCAGCGGAAACGGAGGAAACGUUUGGCCUCCCCACAAACCUGUGUGUUUGAAAACGUUGUAUCAAGUCUUUUUGCUGCUGCAACUUUAUUUAAAGAUAUUUAUAUAUUUUUAGUGUGAAUUGUGAACCGGACCCACCUGAUUCACUUUAGAAAUAAAAUAUAGUUUUAAAAGAAAAGGUUUAUAAAGAAAUAAUGUGGAAUUUAGUCUUGAAGGGGAUUUUUAAGACCAUCUUUCAGCAGCUGGAGACUGAGAAAAAAACUUGUUUUCGCAGCUUUAAACAGGAAACAGACAAUCAGGAGUGUCAAUGAACACCAUUUGGUUGAUCAAUUAGUAACAAAAAAGACAUUUCUGCACAAAGUUUUAUUUUGAAAAACAGCAGGUUUCAUUGCAAACGCCUGUUCAGUUAAAAGAAAGAAGUUUGGAGCAGAAAGAGUCUGUCAGAUUUCUCCCAUUUCAUCCUUUAAAUCUGGAUGUUUCUCCUGGGUGGAGACGUGGAAACAUUCAUAGGUCUACCACGAUGUCUACCACGUCUGCGGCGAGGGAACGGAGGGUCUGACUGACCAUCUCUUCGGGGCGGUGCAAUAGAGGGUUUGAUUCUCCCUCACAGAACUGUUCUGGAGUUUGCAGAUGAUUGUAACGGUUCACUUACGCUGAAUAAUAAACACAUUUCAGACGC